GAGGCUCGCGGCUGGGCCGUGGACGUGGCCGCGCUGCGCCGGAAAAUUCGGGAAUGUCGGGACCGCUGCGAGCCCCGAGUGCUGUGGGUGGUGAACCCCGGGGACCCCACGGGUCACGUGCUAAGCCGGGCUCUCAUGGAGGAGCUCGUGGCCAUCGCGGUUCAGGAGUCGCUGCUGCUGCUCGCGCACGAGGUGCACCAGGAGCGAUCCUUCAGCCCCCGGCGCCCCUUCCUGCCCUUCCGGCGCCUCCUGGGCGAGCUGGGGCCGCCCGUGGCCACCGAGCUGCAGCUCGUGAGCCUCUACUCCCUGUCCAAGAGCGCCGCCGGCGAGAGCGGGUUCCGGGCCGGGUUCCUGGAGCUGCUGAACCUGGACCCGCGGCUCCGGGCCCCGUUCCAGCUGGCCCAGUCCCUGGCCCGGCCCUGCGUUCCCGGCCGGAUCCUCCUGGAGCUGAGCCUGGACACCCCGGAACAGCCGGACCCCGUCCACGCCCAGCUGGAAAAGCACCGCCGGGCCCUGUGCCGGGACUUGGCCUCCAACGCCCGCCGGGCGCUGCGGGAGCUCGGCCGAGCCCCCGGGAUCCGGUGCCAGCCCCCGGCCGGGGGACCCCGAGUGUUCCCCAGGAUGGAGAUCCCGCCCCGAGCCCGGAGCCACGCCCGG